ACACGCCUCAUCCUGAUCAGCCCGUCAAGUACGAUGGAUCGGCUACAAGACACAGCGUAUGCUCUCCUCUCCUCCCUGCAGGCAUGCUCACCAGCCCCGAUCCUCGACAUGUGCGGCCUGUCGGGUCCAUCGGCACUUGGCGGGCAGGGCAACGUCGGUGGGGAAAUCAAGCUCAACGGGCGUAACAUCCAGAUCAUCAAGCUCUUGGGUGAGGGAGGCUUCAGCUUUGUCUACUUGGCGAGGGACAAGGGUAGCGGCAGGGAGUUUGCGCUCAAGAAGAUUCGCUGCUCUCAUGGCUCAGAAUCAUUCACGGCAGCCAUCAAGGAGAUCGAAGCCAUGCGACGCUUUCGAUCCCCGAACAUCAUCCGCAUCCUUGAUAGUGCCGUGGUCCAAGAAGCCGCAGACCAUGCCUCUGGAUUUGGCAAUAUCCCUUCGUCCGAUGCUGAUGCUGCAUCUGGUGCCAAGACGGUAUACCUCUUCCUACCCCUCUACCCGCUAGGAAACGUCCAAGACGCCAUCAAUCGCCAUGCAGUCAACGGCACGCGCUACUCUGAGAGGGAGAUGCUUCAGCUCUUCCUCGGGACAUGCAAAGCCGUGCAAGCAAUGCAUCGGUACCGCUUGCCAGAUGUGCCCGUUGGAGGAAGGAGAGUCUCAGGCGAAGACGACGGGAGUCACGAAGCGAGUCUGGCGAAUGGUGCGACGAGGAGGGGAGGCCAGCCGGGAAAGAUGGCCAAGAUGAGUCUUCCCUCAAGAAAGGGGGGGAGAAGAGGUGUGAAAGGUGAUGACGCUCCUUUGAUCGACGGAGCCGCGACGAACGGCGAGUCCGACCCAUUUGGAAUCGAUUCGGACCACGACGAUGACGAUGACGAGGAAGACGGUGCGGCUUACCCGCCAAAGCCGUCAGUCAAGGGCAAAGAGAGGGAGAUCGUACAGCCGGCGAUGGGUGGGGAAGGAUUGGAGGAGGGCAAGGGAGGAGAAAUGGUCCCGUAUGCGCAUAGGGAUAUCAAGCCGGGCAACAUCAUGGUCUCGAAUGAAUCCUCAAACGCGGGCGACCCUGUCCGUGUCCCCAUCCUCAUGGACUUCGGCAGUGCCACCCGGGCCCGCAUCCUCAUCUCCUCCCGUCGCGAAGCAGUUAUGGAGCAAGACCUUGCAGCAGAACGAUCCACUCUUCCCUAUCGAGCCCCAGAGCUCUUCGACGUCAAGACCGACUCGACCCUGACUGAAACGGUGGACAUCUGGUCGCUGGGAUGCACGCUGUACGCCAUGGCGUAUCAUUAUUCCCCAUUCGAGACGCCUAGCAUGCUCGAGCAAGGAGCAUCUACGGCCCUUGCUGUGUUGAAUGGAAAGUGGGACUUUCCGAAGGGGGAGGGAGAGAUUUACUCAGAGGGUUUCAAGGAGAUUGUAAGGAGAUGUCUCGUGGGUGAGCCGGGGGAGAGGGCUGAGAUUGAGGAGGUGAUCGAGUUGACAGAACGGGCUCUGCAGAGGGUGCAGUGAGGGCGGCCGUGACUGUGAGCACGGGCAUGAUCGUUUGGAAGGUGGUCAAGUUGAGCUGGUCUUGGAGGUCCAGGCGGAGCUUUGCGACCUGGACCUCCAAGUGGUGUAGGAGAUUCCGAACCUCGGCGUAUUUCUGUGCAGGCCAUCUAUGCACCACGCUCGCCGAACAAAGCAUGCCAACCAUCCUCCACCAUACGCCGGCCGGUGCUCACGCUGUAUCAAGUCUCUCUCUCAGGCGAAGCAAUAUCGUACCAAUCGCGGAGCAUUCUGCCCGUUCUCUCUUCCUUUCUUACGUACGAAUGUGCAGAUCGAUCUGUGGUCCCAUCGCC